AUGCUGAGGAUAAAAGAUUUUAGAAUAGGACGAGUUUUGGGAGUCGGUGCAUUUGGAAAAGUACAUUUAGCAACAAUCGAUGACGAUCCAGAAAUGAUGUUUGCUGUUAAAAUACUUGGUUUCAGAAAACUUCUUAAGCAGCGUUUAGUUGACCAAUUGGAAAGCGAGGUGUCGAUUCUAAGACAGCUCUGCGGUUGUGUAUUUAUUGCAAAGCUGUUUGCUACAGAUUUUCACAAUGGAAAGGUCAGACUGAUCAUGGAAUAUGUGAGUGGAGGCGAGUUGUUCUAUUGGCUGAAGAAAUGUGGAAGGUUCAAUGAGAAGAUGGCGAGAUUUUAUGCGGCAGAGAUUAUUUGUGCAUUGAGAUACAUUCACAACAAAGGGAUUCUGUACCGUGAUCUGAAGCCUGAGAACAUACUUAUAGCGUCGAACGGACACAUAAAGCUUGUUGACUUUGGAUUUGCUGCAUAUGAGCACGAAGCAAUAUACAUGAUUUCAGGAACGCCAGAGUACAUGUCACCAGAAAAGCUGGGUAGCGAGGAUGACGGGCGUGCAAGUGAUUAUUGGGGAUUAGGAAUAAUACUAUACGAAAUGAUCUGUGGAGAUCCUCCGUUUUAUGAUGAAAGUGCAGAAAUAAUUUAUCACAAGAUUCUUGAGGCUCAGGUUGAAUUUCCGCAUUAUGUGAGUUCAUCAGCAAGGAGCUUGAUAACUGGACUAUUGAGCAAAAACAGAAUAACUAGGCUAGGAUCGCGUGGCAUACAUGAAAUAACUGAUCACCUGUUUUUUGAAGGAAUUAAUUGGGAUGAUGCAGAAAACAGACGAAUGGUUCCACCUUUUAUUCCAAGAUACUACAAUGGCUCUGCAGAUCCAAAUGAUAGUCAAGAAGAAAAUAGUAGUGAGGAUGAAGGAAUUGUUUUUAGACCUUACAAACAUAUAAAAGCAGCAUAUACAGGUAAAAGAAAUCAAUUUGAAGGAUUUCAAUGA